AUGUCGACCUCCACAACCACAACCACCCAGCAGACCGAACAGUCAGUGCGCCUGGCCGGCGAGCAGCAGAUCCCACCCGCAGCCACCGAUGAGAAAUUCCAGUCCCUCGCGCGGGGCAACAGAAAUGGGACACUGAAGCUGCCCGGCAUCCCGACAUUUUCAGACCCGCACCAGAAGCGACAGUGGAUGAAGGAGCACAUGGCCGCCGCUUUCCGCUACUUUGGCAAGCUGGGCUAUGGCGAGGGUGUUUCGGGGCAUAUUUCGAUGCGAGACCCCGUGCUGAAAGAUCACUUCUGGAUGAACCCGUUCGCCAGGCAUUUCUCGACCAUCAAAGCAUCCGAUCUGGUCCUCGUCGACCACGAGGGAUACGUUACGGAAGGCGGGGCCCAGAUGCCCGUCAAUGAGGCGGGCUUUUUUAUUCAUUCGGAGAUUCAUAAGGCUCGUCCGGAUGUCAUGGCUGCGGCGCACACCCACGGUAUCUACGGCAAGACGUGGAGUGCCUUUGGGAAGCCGAUUGAGAUGAUUACCCAAGAUGCAUGCAACUUCCAUGGUCGACUGGGUGUCUACGAAGAUCACGGCGGCAUCGUCCUCUCCGCGGAAGAAGGGAAGCAGAUUGCCGCGGCGCUGGGCAAGGACAACAUUGCGUGCAUUCUCCAGAACCAUGGUCUUCUGACUGUUGGCCACACCGUCGACGAGGCGGCCAUACUCUACUCCAUGCUGGAGAAUGCGUGCCACUCCCAGCUCCUCGCCGAGGCUGCUGCGGCCAAUGGUGUGCCUAAGAGGAUUAUCAGCAACGAGGCCGCGUCCUACACUGCGGCGGCUGCUCAGAACCCUCAUAACUUUUAUACCGAGUUCCAGCCCGAGUUUGAUCUGGUAGUUGGGGAGACUAAUGGAAGAGUUCUCCAGUAG